GACCGGUGCUUCAACGUGCUUCCAGUGUGUCUGAAAACACCUGAGGUCCGGACAGAAAACUGAGCUAAACAAUGUCCUUUGAUGAUCUGUUGACAAGUCUUCAGGACUGUGUGAUCACCGAGGACCAGCCACAGGAACCUGUCAGCCACACCCUCACACUCUUCUGUGGUAAACUGUCUGAAUCCUCCAGGAGCAGUGUGAAGAGAUGCAAAGAGCGGUGUUUAGAGGAGGCUGUGCAGCUGCUGAGGCGCAUAUCACACACACAGCUUCUGGGUUUGGAGGACAGGCAUCUCCUGCUGCUUGUCAAACUCCUCAUCUCUCUGCAGCUGCAGAUGGUCAAUAUAUCUACAGCAUGUCGUAAAGCAGACCAGAUGUUGCAGCAUUUGGCAAAGGUGAACCACCAAUUGGUUUUCAGGGAAAUCCAACAGUGUUUGCACCCCAUGAUCCAUACUGACCAGAUAUUAUCACUGGAGGAUCUGCAGAGAGUCUGUAUGUUCCUGGAAGACAGCAGUGUUGGUCGAGAGGUGUGGCGAGAGUCAUAUCUGUCUUUGCUGGAUAAAGUGGCAGAGUUAUUCCCUAUUGUACUGCAACAAGACUCCCUAAGAGAUGGACCACUGUGUUACAUUACUGUGAAGGUGUGUCUGCAGAUCUUUCAGCUGUUAUCCACUGAAGUAUCUUCUGUAGUUUGGGAGAAGAAGGAUGGGAGCAGAGCAGCUCAAAACAUCUUGCAGGCUCUCAUGGACAUCGUACUCGGACAGUGCUGCAACAGGGACGCUCGUCUGCUGGCAGGCACCGCUGUGGCCAUGCUGUUGAACACUGCAUCAGAACACAGAGCAGGAGCAGCAGGAGCAGGAGCAGGAGCAGCAGCAGCGUGGAAUCUGCUCCAGGUCUCCCACUCAGGGUCGUGGCUGCUGGCUGUGGGUGUUCUCCAGGUGCAGUGCAGCUCCUCCAGAAAGGACGGCGUGGACCGGCUGGCUGUGACCAGGGGCCUCCUGACCUGCUGCCGACCUCACAUCUUACUCAGUUCACAUGAUGAUGCCACAGAGAUGUGUUUGCUCCUGGACGGUUUGUUUCCUCUUGUUUAUGGUUUAUGUGAGGAGAAGCUGAACUGUCAGUACUUUGCAUUUGAAGUGUUAACGCUAUGGCUGAAGAAAGUUAAAGAAUGUCUGGCUGAUAUCUGGAAGACGGCAGGUGUCCGCCUUCUGCCUGACAACAGCAGCCUGCAACAGCAGCUCAUUCACAUCAUCUGGACUAAUGCUGACAGCCCAGUGGAAGGUGUGUCAGAAUUAGUUCGGAGCGCCUUUGCUCUGUUCCUGGACAUCUACCAGAUGGACUGUGAGCAGUGCGGUGACACAGAGAAGACUCUUUAUUGUACUUUGCUUCAGAGAAUAAUCAAAUUGCCGUGGGAAACCAAAGCCAAGUAUCAUCACCUCUGUGCUCUGCUCCCAUAUUUGGGUACUGACAGGGUGCUGGAUCACUAUCCUGAAAUAUCCGAUCAUCUCCUGAAGUGUUUGUCAACCAAUCACCUGUCUCCAUGUGGAUCAGAGCUGUACAAGUGUCUGAUCCAGCAGCAGAAGCGAGAACUGGGUGAUUCGCUCAGUGAGGUGCAUCUUGCUGAUCACUGGACAAGGCGUUGGCGGUCUGUCCUCCUUGAGGCGUUGACUUCUGAUAUGGCUCUUCUACAAAACAACAGCUCAACACACUUGCUGCCCUGCACCUUUCAAGUGUUUCCUUCUGCUGUGGAGCCUCUGCUCACCCCUCUGGAUCCAGGUCAUCCUGGACACCUCCACGCCUGGGCCUGCAUCAUGAGCUCCUACAGAGCCACAACCGGAUCCUCUCCCUGGGCUAUGCAGGGCAGCUCAGGUCUUGAAAUCCUCAGUCUAGCACUAGAAUCUGCAGAUGAUAAAGUCCGUCUCGCUGCGUUCAGCCUCCUCUGCUGCAGCCCAAAGACCAAAGAGGCUCCAACCCAAGAGGAGUUGUCGAUAAUAAGGAACUUUAUACCUCAGAACUUAAAUUGUGAGUCGUCGCCUUUUCGCCAGCAUUUUCAGGCAGGAGUGAAGAGAUUCCUGGUUCGUAUCAGAGAUAGCUGCUUAUCCUUUGUCAAAGGACAAAAGAGCAAAAAGAAAGGAGAUGCUGCCCACUCACAGCAGGCAGAGGACACACUGGACCAGGGAAUAGGUUUUGUGGAGUGGUUGGCUCAGCUUCCAUACUGUUAUCUGGCACCAGGACACAGCUAUCAAAGGAAGAAGACUGCAUUGCUGUUGCUGUCUGCAGUGUUAGAAACCUGCACAGACACCUGGAGCCCAGGCAAGAAGAAAGGACAACCUCCAGUGAACAUAGGGUGUCUUAUUAAUUAUGCUCAACAAAAAGGACUGUGGGAUUUCUUCUGCCGAACUAAACAGCUCAUCCUCAUCAGCUGUUUAGAGGAUUCUACAAAUGAGAUUCGGGAGCUUUCAGCAGGUUUGUUGUUGAGAUUUUUCCCUCCAAGUUUUCCAGAUGAUGUCGCUGCUGUGCUGCUCAUGCGAACCAAACAACUCCUGUGCAGUCCCCGGGUGCAGGAGGCUCAGAUGGGAGCUGUGAUGAUGAAGGUGCUCUUUCUGAAAUCACAAGACCUGUCUGAGGGCAGCAGACUGGAUGGUAACAUGACUGUCAGCAAUGGAACUAAAACCAAAGCCUUCAACUUUGUCAGAUUUCUGGUGAAAGAAUUAGAGGAGCAUUACUUAACAGCCAAAGCCGACAUGAUGCUGGCUGCCAGGACCAAGCCGAUACAUGGUAUUCUAAGUGCUCUUCAGAGGUGUUUGCUGGAGUCACCCAGCUGCAUCUGCGAUGACCUUGACCCCAGUCUGACCUGUGACGUACUGAUCCUGCUGGAGAACAUCUCUCUGCUUCUUCUGGGUGUGUUGUAUGGAGACCAGGACAUUUGUGCCACAGAGCAAGAUGCGCCCCCUUCUUUUUGUGAUAUGGGCAAUGCCAUCACCUCUCUGAUUACCCAAGCAUCUGGAGGAAGCCAAGGCGACACAGAGUGUGUGCUUCUGUCUGAAGAACACAGCCUCGUUCUCACCUGCUGCUGGGUCUCCCUCAAGGAAACAGGAAUAUUUUUAGGUUCUCUGGUGGAGCAAAUUCUCACCAAAUCCAAACCCAACAAGUGCCCUCUAACAAAAGCAGAUCUAAUAAGAGCAUCGAAAGUAUUUAAGAAUAUUCUUCUCAAAUGUCGUCACUGGGGGGCAGUAGAGGGAUGCUGUGCUGGCUUCACCAGGUUUUGUGCCUCUCUACUGAGCACCAAUGAUCCAGAGAUCAGGAAUAUCCCAGCCAACAUGCUCAAACAAGGGCUGCAGGUCAUCCAAUCCCCUAGCUCCACUUCUGUCACCCGGCGGGCUGCAGGGUUACCAAUGCUCAUCCUGUGUAUACUUUCAGCAGAGCAGGCCAGUAAGGCACGUCCACUGUUAGCCCACAGUAUGCAAACGUUACUGGAGACCGCCAGCACCCCUCUGCCUGAGAACUGGGAUCAAACACUGGACCUCCCACAGGUGUGUGCGGUUCACACUCUGCAGGCCCUCGUCCGUGGCACCGGUCUAGGUGUCGCUGUCCUUCAGUUUGCUCCUGCUGUUGCCAUAUUGUCCCUCACUCUGCUCACUUCUUCCUGCUGGGCCAUGAGAAACGCUGCUCUGCAACUUUACAGUUCUUUGAGCUCUCGAAUACUCGGCCAGUGGCCUAGCAGUGAGGAGGGUGGCCCCGCGCAGCAUGGCAUGUCCCCUGCUGCCUUUUUCUUCCACUAUCCUGCCCUCCAGCCCUUCCUUCUGAGAGAGUUCAGGCGGGCAGCACAGGUUCUUCAGGGUCCAUCUAGUGAGGCCCGGCUUCACCUCCAGCCCUCCCUCUACCCAAUUCUUACUCUGUUAGCCCAACUCCAGCCUGGUGUCCAAGACUCAACAGAAACACUGACAGACUUCCUGCCACCUUUACUCCAGCUCUCUGCUAGUCCCAUUUACAGUGUCAGAGUAAUGGCUUCUAGGGCUUUGGUUGCCAUGACUCCCACCUCAGAGUACAUGAACAUCCUCAUCAAACUGAUGGCUCAGGUCCCAGGGCCACAGGAGAGCUGUUGUCAUAACCGGCUCCAUGGACAGCUGCUGCAGAUCAAAGCUCUUCUAGACAGAGCUCUGUGUGAUGACAGUGCCCCUCCGGCUGACCUUUGCGAGGUUCUAAGUAAGGUAGAAGCCUCAAUGUGGUUGGCGACUGAAGCUCAGCGCUGCCCCCUGGUGAGAGCAGCCUACAUUGACGUGGUAGAGUCUCUUAGAAGAUUCUGCGGUGACACGUUCCUCUCAGAGCUCAGCAACACAUUAACUCAUGAACUCCAAAUGCCUCAACAAGGGCUUCAGAUUGGUUUGUCAUCCUUCCAUGAAAGAGCCAUCCAGUUUCUAUGUGCAGACUUACAUUGGGCAGGUCAAAUCUGGGACAGUUUUUCUGCAUUGAGUCCUGAUUUGAAACUUACACUGGUUGCGUGGGUGGUGGAUGGGUGGAGAUCCCAGAAGACCGGCUUGAAAGGGGUAAUCCAGAGGGUUUUGCAGACACACCUGAAGGAGGCGUUAUUGAGUCACUGUGUAGAAUAUCACAGGACUUACCUGGCAGCCCUGGUAGAGGUGAUGACUGGCAGUGACUUCCCUUCAAUGAAACAUCCACCACAGUGUCCCAAACUGGAACAGAUGGUUGUACUUGAAUGUCUGGAUUUGUUACUUGUGAAUCUGGAGGAGCAAAGAGGUGGGCCAGAAUUUCUGUCCUGGACUCUGUGUGCUGUCAGCAUCCUGCUCCCCCAUUGUUUUCAGAUUUCCAUGAUUAAGCGUUGGUUUGAUAUCUUGGAAUGCCACCGGUCGCCUGAUGCCCCAGAAGUGCUCAGAAUGGCUUGUGCUGAGGCUCUGUGUGCUGCUGGAGUUCCUUUAAUAAACCCCAGCCUGAGAGAACUUAACACUCAGCCAGCCAUCAAGAUCAGGCUGAUCAACACAGGCCUUUACUUGCUGCAAGACCAAAACUUGCAGGUGAGGAUGAAAGCAGCCUGUUUUGUCUCCAUGCUGCACCAUACCACAAGAGGAGGUCAAGGAAGUAUAUGCCUUAUGCAGGUCAACAGAGCUAUGCCUCUCCUGCUGGACCACAUGCUGGAGGAGUGCUGGGACACCCCUGGUACACUAGAGGUGCUGCUGAGUCACCUGCAGCAGCCUGACCUCAGAUCUGUGCAAACAGAAGCCUUAGAGAUAGGGUGCGGCAAUUUGUAUGAGCAGGAUGAGGCCAAUGUGUUUGCAGAGCCCUCAGUGAUGUCUGCACAGGUGCUGCCUUAUCUGCUGCAGAUGGCUGACAGCUACUCUAAAUCCUCUGCCUUGGCAAAGCGCCUGAGUGCCUGGGCAGAGGAGAACACUCCACAGGUGUUAGAUGGCCUUGCAGUCUGUCAAGAGCUGCUGUCAGGUGAGCUGCUGACCUGGGUGUCUUUGCUCAUGCACCCCCGUUUCCACAGCACCCUGUGUGGUCUGUUCGCUAGGGCAGCCUUCCUGCUACGACUGUUGAAAACAUCUGAUGAUAUGCAACACCUUUGUGAUCCCUCAAGUUUUCACAACAGUGUACAGGACAUUUGUGCUCAGUUCAGUCAGAAUGGUGUCCACUUUCCAUCUGCUUUAACACCCGCUGUGGCUGGAGAUCUGUCACUGUGGCACAACUGAGGAGCUUACAUGGCAUACACUCAUUGAGCUCAUGGUGCACAGGAUAAAGUUACCUGCGGAUAUUUCAGGAAUGCUUAUGACAUCCGCAGUACAUAUACAGUCAUAGUUUUGAAUGAGUGAUGCAACUGCUGAUGCUGCAGUACAUCAGCACUUGGCAGGCUGGAUAAGUUAUGCAAGGGUUCAGUGGCUGCAGCCUGUUGUAUCCAUCAUCACAUUACUCCUACAGUGAACAGACCCUUGAUAAAAACACCCACAUUAGCAACAACAACAGAUCUGUCUUUAUGCUACCUUUUAUUGCAAAAGGAAGGUUUUGUCCAGUUAUUUUCAUAGGAUUUUUAUUAACAUUUACCAGCAACAAUAGCAGUAGGGCUCAGACUGAUGCAGUGAUGUAAUGCAACAACAUCUGGGGAAAUUGUCUGCUCUGUGCCCAGCAGGGAAUAUAGUGUAUGGUUUAAUGCUCCAUUAGAGGUCUUCUGCCUGGAUAAGUGUCCAUUUUCCACAACCACAUGAGGGCUAAGGAUGAUUGACUGGAUCUGAUUGAGAGCUGGUUGUUGCUCCGCAACCAACCACACACUAGCGCAGGCUUACAUCAUCAGAUAGCCCACUGGUUUUAUUUGAGAGUGGAGGCUCUCUGUAUUAGACACACAUUGGCAUCAAACAGUCAAUGUCGUGUUCAGUGACCUUUUUCAUAACUAUUUUGGUCAUUGGACAUUGGUCAUUGGAAAACGUGAUAGAUCAGAGUAUGGGAGCAGUGCUUCAUCACCAAAGAUUUUUAUUCCUUGGAUUUCUAUAUGUUUGUAUGGAAAAUACUUACUCUAACUGUAAACUGCAGAGUCUGUUUCAGGUUUCCAUUUUCUAUACACCAUUGUACCUUUGAGUACCUAUAUUAUGUAAUGUCUAUGACAUCAAUCCUGUCUUACUGGUCUGUACUUGAAUCUUAUGCAACAUAUGUCCACAUUAUAAAUGCCAAAAUUAACACCCGGACUAUCCAUCCCCAGGAGAUUAGUAUCACAGCUUGAUGUAAGUCUUGUUAAGAAUGUGAAAAACAUAGAUUUUAAAUGAAGAUACUAAUGAAAAGUGUAGAGCAGACAUUUUAUACAUCUUUCUGGACAAAACAUGACUUAAGUGUUCACUAAAAGUGUGAGCCUCAAAAUAUUAUUAUUGACACUGAUGAUGUGGAUUUUGUAAUAAUUUUAAUAAAUAAUAAUAAAAAAUUACAAUAAACAGUUUGACAUUGGUAUGAUUCAAAUAAGACAAAGGAUCACGUCAAAGUUUAAAUGUGACACCUAGAAUGCGACCUGAGUCCUUGACAGAUUUUUUUGUGGUCUCAAAACAAAGACAGACUGUGCUGUCUAUGAAAACAAAGAAGAAUUUCCAGCAGUGUAAAGAAC